GGGUUGCCAAACAUGCGGGUCACUAUCAUCACUUUGUUCUUAAUUUUCCAUUAUUGUAUCCCUGAGAAAAUAUCUGUGCUUAUCCUAGCCCGUGGUGGUUCGAAAGGAAUUCGUUUAAAGAAUCUGCGUGAAGUUGGAGGCAUUACCCUUCUAUCCCGCGCUAUUUUAGCCGCGAAGCAUGCGGGUCUUGAAGAUAUUACCGUAUCUACUGAUCAUCCUUUGAUAGCUUUGGAAGGCAUUAAAAGAGGGGUACAAGUUUUUAAAAGAAGUUAUGUAACUGCAUCAGAUUGGGCUCCUUCUAUAUGGGGUGUGCAAGAAUUUAUUGAAUACAAGCCGCAGGUGGAUAUUUUAGUUCUGUUGCAAACGACUUCACCUUUUACUAAGUCUAAACAUAUUAAACGAUCCCUAGAGAAACUUGAUCGUCCGAAGCCCUAUGACUGCAUUUUCUCAGUAACGAGGUACAAGUAAAUGAACAAGUAAUAUAAAUACGUAUGAUUAUAUACUUUAAGU